AUGGAAAAAGAAAUGGCUGCUAUUAAACAGCAAAUAGCGCAAGCUAAUGCUGCGAAAGCACAAUCAGAACAACAAAACAAUGUUGCUGCUGGUUAUCCUGCUAAUGUUCGUGCAUUUAUUUCCGAAGCCAUUAGCAAAAGGAUAUUCUCUUUGAGCAAAUCCAACGUGUGUUGGGCUUCUCGUGGAAUUAAUCCUCAAGAACAAGCUUAUGCUAAAUAUGAAUCUGAAUUCAUAGAAAAAAUGACUAGUUUCGGAAACAAAUGGGGCUUAACUGAAAACGAACUUGUUCUAUUCGGUAAUAAAGCUCUAAAGGACUUUGGCAUUAACGUUGCGAACGUUCCUGCAUCUGCCCUCGAAAGAGUAUUCAGUGCAGUGUAUCCAGAAGCAAUACGCCAUACGUCUCAGCAGAAUGAGACAAAGCACCUGCUUCUCAAAUCUAUGGAGCGUACAGGAGUUCCUGAAAAUCCAAACGCUAACCAAGAAAAAAUGGCUGAGAAGCGAUGGCAGAAAAACUUCAUCAACUCACAUUAUCCUCGUAGAUAA